AUGGUUGUUGUCGUCUUCGUCGUCGUCGUUAUCGUUGUGGUUGUCAUUGUUGUCGUCAAUAUCGUCGUUGUUGUCGUCGUUGUUGUUGUCGCCGUUGUUGUCGUUGUUGUUGUUAUCGUUGUUGUCGUUGUUGUCGUCGUUGUUGUCGUCGAUGUUGUCAUCGUUGUUGUUAUCGUCGUUGUUGUCAUCGUUGUUGUUGUCAUCGUUUUUGUUGUCGUCGAUUUUGUCGUUGUCGUUGUUGUUGUCGUCGUUUUAGUCGCCGUUGUUGUCGUCGUGGUUGUCGUCGUUGUCGUCGUUGUUGUCGUCAUUGUUGUUGUCGUUGUUGUCAUCGUUGUUAUGGUCGUUAUUGUUGUUGUCUUUGUUGUUGCCGUUGUUGUUUUCGUCGGUGUUAUCUUCGUUGUUGUCGUCAUUGUUGUCGUCGUUCUGGUCAAUGUUGUGGUUGUUGUUCUUGUCGUUGUUGUCGUCGUCGUUGUUGCGUCGUUGUCUUCGUUGUUUUCGUCGUUGUUGUCAUCGGUGUUGUCUUCGUUGUUGUCGUCGUUGUUUUCGUAG